AAAAAGGUAUAUAAGAUAGAACGAGAAAUAAAAUGCAGACAGUUUCGUAUUGCAGAAACACUUUUAUAAUUUACAGGCCUUGAAAAUUCAACUAUUUUUUUUUUUUCAGUUUUCUCAACUGUAGUUUAUAUUUUACGAAAUUGAAAUCAAUCGACCGUAAACAUGGCAAUCAGUUUGGAAUUUGAAGGAAAAUCAAUUUCCAUAAAUACAACAUGGUUGUACGAAAGUUGUAGGUGUGAACAAUGUUAUGACGCUACGAGCAAAAGUCGCAUUACGUCUAUUCAACAAUUCCUCGAAGCAGUAAAUAUAAAAGUCAACAAAUACGAACAAGAAAACGACAGUCUACACGUUGAAUGGUCGAAUGGUCAUGCGUCCACUUAUGACGUUAAAUGGGUUUUCGACACGUGGACAUCGAACGGCGUCAAACUCGAGCCGUACACUUGUGUCGGCAAAGAACUCGAAAGCCUACCGGCAAGAGUAGACGCAAACAGUUUGAUUACAACAGAAGGCCAACGAGAAUUGGUGAGAUCUAUACUCAAGUACGGCAUAGGUGUUAUAACAAAUGUAGAACCAACAUUGGAAGCUACAGAAAAAGUAAUAAGGCACAUAGCAAAACCUUACGACUUGAUGUUUGGACCAAUGUGGAUUGUUGGUCCAAAUGAAAAAUAUCACAAAGAUCCGGCAUACUCAAAUGGAUCGUUGGUAGCACACAACGAUAAUACAUAUUUGAACGAUGGCGCAGGCCUCCAAGUGUUUCACAUGUUGGAAAGAGACAAUAACGGUACUGGCGGUCUAAGUACGGCAGUCGACGGAUUCAAAGUUGCAGAAAUAUUAAAACAAGAAAAUCAUUUACACUUUAAAUGCUUAACAGAAAUCGAUGUAGAAACUGAAUAUGUGAACCUGGAUUCUCACUACAAGUGGUCAGAACCUGUUAUCAAAAUUAAUUCGACGACAAAUGAUAUCAACCAAAUCAGAUUUAAUAUAUACGAUCGCACUUGUCAACCUCAAUCACGAAUAACAGAAUUUUACGCGAGUUAUGCACAUUUUGUGGAAAUUCUCAAGCGUGAAGAGUUAUACUGGGAAUACGCAUUACAACCUGGAACCGUGGUCAUUUACAAUAACUGGAGAAUAUUGCACGGUAGAACGGCGUUUACAGGAAAACGAGUAUUUGUUGGAUGUUACGUUUCAACAGCAGAAUUUUUAAGCAAAGCAAGAACAUUAGGACUGAUAUCCUAAAAUUUUGUUGUUUCAAAAAACUAUUUUAAUUUAUGUAGUAUAAAAAAAUAUUAGUAUGAACAAAAUAUAUGAGUAUAAUUUCCGAUUA